AAAAAUAAUGUAAGUCUGCAUGCAUUCAUCAUCACGUACAAAGCUUCAUUAUCAAUCAAGCAACUGCCAUCGAAGAAAGAACUAUCCGGCCGGUGCUCGUCAAUGGCGAAUAAUAGGACAAACAAGAGCAGUUUCAGAUUUGAAGAGUUCACACCUAGUGCUAGUUGGACGGAGGACUCGAAUUGCCACUAUCUGCUAGUUGAUCUUCCUGAAUUCAAGAUUGGCGAGGUGAAGCUUCAAAUUGAUAGCCAUGGUCAUGCGAUGGUCAGUGGAGAAAGGCAAAAGUCGGAAAACAUAUAUGUUCGCUUUGAGCAAACCUUUAGAGUGCCGGAAGAUGCAGACCUUGAGAAAAUGACUGGGAAAUUUGAAGACGAGAUUCUGUAUGUGAUUGUCCCAAAGCGAAUAAAAGAUGAUGAUGAAGAAGAAGAAGAGUCCGAGAAUGGAAUUGCCAACAGUGAUGAGGAAGAAACCAGACAUGAGGAAACAAACACAGAUAAGGAAAAUUUAGAUCAUGUUAAUGAGAAACAUCAUAAUACAGACCACAAACAUCACAAGGAGGACGAGAAUGAGAGAGAGGACCACGAAGAAGCUUUCUACGAUAGCAGAAAUAACUGGAGGGACGUCGAGGCCGGUCUGCUGCAAAUUGUGAUAGAGAAGUUAGGGAAGAACAAAGGGAUGGUUGUACUGGUUGUGCUAGCAUUUUCAUUGGGGGUGAUGGUGUCCAAUAGGUUCCGAUCAAAUGGAAGCUUAGGGAACUCUUCAAUCGGUGACCUUGUAUAAGUAACUAGUCCUCGUGGGUUUGCUUCUAUUUGUAAGAUAUUAUCACAUUGACAUAUUAUCUGACUCUGUAUAGAAUAACAGAGAGACUGUGAUAAUUCAAACAAUGAAUGAUAAUUUGUAAACUAUAUAGUACUUCAAAAAUGCAGUUGGAACAUUUGGACAAAAAACUGUGCCCAACUUUUCAGAGUUUUUUUUUUGAAAGGUACUUUUCAGAGUUCUCUAACAAGUAAUGUACCAUUUAGUACUGUUGAGUUGCAUUUGACUCAAAUUAAGGGUCUUGUGUGGGUUUGCUGGUUUCUGCCUUGGGCGAGUUUCAACUUGGUUUGCAGUUGCCAUUGUAACCAGAUAUGCAAGGCUGGUAUAGUUUGUAUUGC